GGUGUCUAGUCAAAGAAUGAAUGAAGAAAGACAUUUCAAGGAAAUUGAAGAUUUUGAAAUCGAGCAUACGCAAAACCCUCAAAGGAACAUGCACAGAGUUUCGAGGCUUUUCUUCAGAAAACAUGGUUUGGAUCCCGUUCUAUCGAGAAAAUCAUCAUUGGUAAUCACACCCGAAGACACCUUCUUCCAUUUUUUCUGUACUACCUCUGAGGUAAGUUCUUCUCAAAGCUCUUCACAGUUGUUCGCACAUUGCAAUUCUAGAAGCUUAACAUUUGAAAGCAACACCAACAAUGGCUUAACAAACCAAUUUGGCCUCAUUCGCCUGCAAGAGAUUUCAGUAAAUCACGCAAACGAUCAAAGUCAUGACGAGUUUGCUUCUGAUGUGGAAAAGGUUUAUAGAAUAUUACGAAAGUACCAUUCUAGGGUUCCUAAAUUGGAACUCGCUCUCAGAGAAUCUGGAGUUGUUGUGAGGCCCGGAUUGACUGAGCGUGUGUUGAAUCGAUGUGGUGAUGCCGGGAAUUUGGCCUAUAGGUUCUAUUCCUGGGCCUCUAAGCAAUCUGGUCAUCGACAUGAUCAGGAUGCAUACAAGGCAAUGAUUAAGAUUUUGGGUAAGAUGCGUCAGUUUGGUGCUGUUUGGGCACUGAUUGAGGAAAUGAGACAGGAGAAUCCUCAGUUGAUUACGCAGCAAUUGUUUGUUAUUUUGAUGAGAAGGUUUGCCUCUGCAAGGAUGGUUCAGAAGGCGGUUGAAGUGUUGGAUGAAAUGCCUAAAUACGGGUGUGAACCGGAUGAAUAUGUUUUCGGGUGUUUGUUGGAUGCUUUAUGCAAGAAUGGAAGUGUUAAGGAGGCAGCUUCGCUGUUUGAGGACAUGAGGUAUCGGUGGAAACCGAGUGUGAAGCAUUUUACUUCAUUGUUGUAUGGUUGGUGCAAGGAAGGGAAGCUUAUGGAGGCCAAGCAUGUGUUGGCUCAGAUGAAGGAAGCGGGCAUUGAGCCAGAUAUUGUGGUUUAUAACAACUUACUCGGUGGGUAUGCUCAGGCCGGAAAAAUGGGGGAUUCUUAUGAUCUUUUGAAAGAGAUGAGGAGGAAGGGUUGUGAACCAAAUGCUACGUCCUACACAGUUUUGAUCCAGUCACUUUGUAAACAUGAAAGAUUGGAGGAGGCUACGCGGGUAUUUAUUGAGAUGCAGAGAAGUGGUUGUCAGGCGGAUGUUGUUACAUAUUCCACAUUAAUUAGUGGAUUUUGUAAGUGGGGAAAAAUAAAAAGGGGGUAUGAGCUUUUGGAUGAGAUGAUACAGCAAGGGCACUCCCCAAAUCAGACUAUUUAUCAGCAUAUCAUGGUGGCCCAUGAGAAGAAGGAGGAGCUGGAAGAAUGUAAGGAACUAGUGAAUGAGAUGCAGAAGAUUGGUUGUCCUCCGGAUCUUAGCAUCUACAAUACCGUCAUUAGGUUGGCUUGCAAGUUGGGAGAGGUCAAGGAAGGUGUUCGACUUUGGAAUGAAAUGGAAUCCAAUGGGCUCAGUCCUGGAAUUGACACCUUUGUCAUCAUGAUUAAUGGUUUUCUUGAGCAAGGCUGCCUAGUUGAAGCCUGUGAGUAUUUUAAAGAGAUGGUUGGAAGAGGGCUUUUUACUGCUCCUCAAUAUGGUAUCCUAAAGGAUCUGAUGAAUUCUCUUCUAAGAGCUGAGAAGCUUGAAAUGGCCAAAGAUGCUUGGAAUUGUAUCACGGCUUCUAAAGGGUGUCAGCUAAAUGUGAGUGCAUGGACAAUCUGGAUUCAUGCACUCUUUUCAAAAGGACAUGUGAAGGAGGCUUGUUCAUUCUGUAUAGACAUGAUGGAUAAGGAUUUAAUGCCACAACCAGAUACUUUUGCAAAACUUAUGCGUGGUUUGAAGAAAUUAUAUAACAGGCAGUUCGCAGCAGAGAUCACGGAGAAGGUAAGGAAAAUGGCAGCUGAUAGGCAGAUCACUUUUAAGAUGUAUAAACGGAGAGGAGAGAGGGACUUGAAAGAAAAGGAAAAGGAGAAAAAGGAUGGGAGGAAGAGGAGAGCUAGACAACGCCAAUGGGGUGGAGGCCGUAAGAAAUUAUAAUUUUCACCGGUGAAGUUUGACAUAAAAUAUGUAGGAAUUCAGAGGAGUGUGAUCUUUGGCAAGAAUUUGGUCAGGAAAUUCAAUUGAAUGGAAAUUAAAUGAUCAUAUUCACAUUCAAUUCAUAAUAGAGAAGCUGCUUUUUCUCUGAUGUAUCAAUACUCACCGGCCAAAAAUUGUUACUAUCAGAAUUUGAGAACUUGAGAUAAGGUGAGAGGAACGGAAAUAGAGAUUGAAAAGGAAUUCUGACUCUAAAAUUCCAUUCUACUGCUUGACUCUGAUAUGAAUAAUUCAAAUUAACGUUAGAAUAGUUAUGUUAUGCACUAUGCAUUUCUUUCUACCAUUAACCACUUAACUAUCAGAUAUCCACUCUUGGCAGAAUAACUCUUUUAAAAUUUUCAACCCUCUUUGCAUGUUGCCUGUACUUGGAUGCAUUAUCCAUUAUUAGCUAAAAACAGGCAUUCUAAUGAUUAGUCAAAAAUCUCUAUCAAUGAUCGGAAUAACAUUGGCUAGAAUUGCUCUUUUAAAUUUAUAUUCCCUCUUGACUGAAUUUUCUUGCAUGGGAGUACUUACCAUGAUUAGCUGAAAGCCUGAAAAGUGGGAAUUUAUUAACUUCCUUUUUCUAAUUUUCUAGUGCAGUCUUAUGAACUUUCCUGUAAUUCUCUCCUUUUAUUCAUGUUUAUGGGUGAUCGAUUGUUAUACCGGAAUUCGUAUGGGAAACCCGCUGGUCAUCCUCCCCCUGGCACGAAUAGAUUUGGCUUGAAUGAUUUUGGUUAAGUAAACUUUAAAUUCACGGGUAGGUUGGUACCCAGUUUUAUGGGAUAUAGCACCCUCAUCGAAGAAAUCACGUAUGUGUAGCACUUCUGUAUGGUGUUGCGUGAUCUGAUCAGCCAGUGACUGAUAUGCUUUACGAAAAUGUGAUACUUGUUUGAAAAACCUUCAUUUAUACAAUCAGCCACGGGGAAGUAUUUUCUUUCUUUUUUGUCAUAAUUGUUAAUGCAACAAGAUUAUGUUUUGUAUUCAUUUUCCAUUUCUUCACUUAGGUGUCAAGUCAUAUUGAAUGCUAUUUUUUACGGAUAUCUUCUGGACCAGGUAAUCUGUUUGGUGGCAGGCAACAUGGCGGUACAGAUGGCUACUGGACAACUAUUUUUCUGUAUCAUGUCUCACUGGAAUUUUGUUAUCUAAACCUUUGCUACAGUGACUACGAAGUCAUCAGGCAUUUCAAAUUCCAUUAGUGGAAAAGGAGGAGAUAGCUCAAAGGAUCGCAAUUUGGGCGAUAAAGGAUCCAAUGUUCAGAAGAGAAGAUCCUUUAACGGGAGCAUUCCUUCAUAGUACGAGUACAUUGCAUUAAGCAGUUCUGGUUCUUGAAGUUCAGAGUUUCGCUGUGAUCUGGAUCCAGAAUUAGUUGCAAUACCCUGAUGUGUUAUACUCCCCUCACUCACGCUGCUAAUAACUCUUCCGUUCAUUGAAGUUUUAAACUUAGGUUAUGCCUAGUUUAGGCGAAAGACAGUGUAAAAUAAAGUUGAAAAAUUAAAAUGUAGUUUUUGAUAGAACAAGAGUUCUACCUAUAAUCAUUUUAUGUAUCUAUUUUUGCCUUUAA